AUGGGGUUGGUUUGUCGGCAUAUGUUCUUGGUGUUCAAGGGCGCACAACUAAAGCAGUUACCAACCCAGUACAUUGUGGAUCGUUGGCGCAAACAUCUGAGUUGCAGUGCUUGUAGAGGGCGACAAUCUAAAGAACACCUCCCAAAAUCAGGGGCAACAGAACUGUGGUCUGAGAUAAACACAUGUGUUGGGCUCGUGGGUGAGAGCACGACACGUCAAGGUCGGAUGGUGCAGGUAUUGAAAGAGUUGCAAGCGGAAUUUGCGAGUGAUGGUACAGGUACUGAGGCGACAAAGGGUAACAGUGCCGCGAUCCAGGCAUUAUGCGUGGUGCAGCCACCUACAACCAUAACCAUUAAAGCUCCAGCCCAAGCUAAGAACAAAGGGAGUGGGAAACGUCUUAAAAGCAGCCGAGAAAUAGCCAUAGAGAGCAAUGGCAAAGUUGGUCGAAAGUGUGGGUUGUGCGGCGAGUAUGCCCGUCAUAAUGCGCGUAGUUGUCCUUCGAGGUGCAAUAUGGUUUAG